AUGGCAGUCAAAGCUGCAGUGCCGUUCUUGGUGGCUAUGAUGCUGUUGACGGGCGUGUGUAAUACACUAUUAACCAAGUACCAAGACAUGCAAUGCGUCAAGAACUGCGACUCUCCCUCGCCCAAGCAUCGCGAUCACUUCGAGCAACCCGUCCUCCAGACUCUCCAGAUGUUCGUGGGUGAGAUGGGUUGCUGGCUGGUGAUCGGCAUCUUCCAGCUCUACCAGCGGUAUGCGAGCGCGAGGGCAGGCUACGAGGCCAUUCCAGACAAUGAAGGGUCAGAUGACAGCGAAACGGGUGCUGUCGCCAAUCCGCUGAGGCCUGCGCAUCCCGAUGAUGAAGGCAGGAUACCGCUCGAGGGUCGGAGCAUCUUCUUGUUGGCGCUUCCAGCCUGCUGCGACAUCGCUGGAACCACGCUCAUGAACGUUGGCCUGCUCUUUGUUGCAGCCAGCAUCUAUCAGAUGACUAGAGGCGCACUGGUUCUCUUCGUUGGUCUGUUCAGCGUCUGGUUCCUUAAGCGCCAUCUUGGACUCUACAAGUGGUUCUCGCUCUUUGUUGUCGUAGCUGGUGUCGCUGUUGUUGGACUCGCAGGUGCCAUCACCAAGGACGACAAAGCAUCGCCUGGCCACCAAUCGAUUCAUGGUGAGGCAACCGGCUCGGUUGGCAUGGAGGCGGCGACUUCGCAGGCUGCUAUGACCAUCAUCGGUGUCCUGCUCAUUGCUGGCGCGCAGAUCUUCACUGCGACACAGUUCGUGCUUGAAGAGAGGAUCAUGGAGAAGUAUGCCAUGGAGCCGAUCAAGGUUGUUGGCUGGGAAGGUGUAUUCGGUUUCUUGGUUACGCUCGUUGGCAUGAUUAUUCUACACUUCGCCAUUGGAACUGGAUACUUCAACGCUAGAGAGGGAUUGUACCAGAUGACGCACUACCGCGCUAUCGCAGUGUCUUCGCUGUUGAUCAUGGUCAGCAUUGGUGGCUUUAACUUCUUCGGUCUGUCCGUAACUCGCACCGUCUCUGCUACCUCGCGCUCUACGAUUGACACUUGCCGCACACUCUUCAUUUGGAUUGUGUCGCUUGGUCUGGGCUGGGAGACGUUCAAGUGGCUUCAGGUUGCAGGUUUCGCUCUCCUGGUGUACGGUACCUUCUUGUUCAAUGACCUAAUCCGCCCACCGAUCAAGGCGUGUGUGGAGAGGAAUAACGAGCCUCUGCUACCUGAGGGUCCGAUCGAGCAUCUUUAG